ACUUGACAUCGGACAUCGGCUGGGAUUUUCGAUUUCGAUUACAUUUUUAAAGUUUUUAAGUUCCUUGGCCAAGAUGUCAUCAUUGGCUCCUUGCUUUACUGUGGGCUCUAUUGUGCGCUGCAAGACUUGUUUUGGCGACAACAUUUCGGGCGAGGUUGUGGCCUUCGAUCUGGGCGUGAAAAUGCUGAUAAUGAAGUGUCCAUCAAGCAAUGGCGGUGGCGACGAACAGACCACUUGCAAUGUGACCAUUGUGAACCUAUCCCUGUGCAUGGACAUUGAAAUAGUAAAGGAAGCAAUUCCGCCGGCUGAAGUUCAACAGCCAGAACCGAUUGAUUUGCCCAUGAUCCGAGAACGAUACCGAUACGCAACCGAACAUCGUACGCUCUCCUGCCGGAGCUAUCAUCCCAAUGCCUCGCCCUUUGGUCAAGCUCUGUUCAGACUGUUAGUCAAGCGAUUCGGUGAUCCCGCUAUCAUCUGGCAGAACAAAGGCGACCAAGUGGCGAUCAAUAUACUCCGUCAGGUGGUCAUCGAUGCGCCGUAUGCCACGGAGAAUAUCCGAUACCUCGAUUGGAAUCCCAAGCUGGCGAUAUGCGUCCAAGAGGUCGUUCAAAACUUUUGCAGUAAACAAUUCUAGAACGAUGGCCCGUGCCCAUGGCAACAGUUGUCUAGAUAGCAUCCGAUUCUCUGUACGUUUUGUUUAUCAACAAAACAAUUCAAAAUACACAUACAUAUAGCCAUGACACCCACACAGAAUACUGCUCUUUAUCUGCCAGGGGAAACCAUUCUCGUUUGUACAAAUUCGAUUUAAUACACUACACCACAACACCCAACACACAUAAUACACGAUGGCCGAUGAUGAAGAUAAACCAAAGAAGCACACGCUGGACAGCCUGUUCUUGGUGUAUUCCAACUUCCAGGUCAUACCCACCGACAUCGAGAACGAGUACUUUGACAGCAUACUCCUCUCGCAGUUGGACGCCUGGCUAGAGCAGGCCAAGCUCAUGCCCAAUCCCAUAACUCGAACUCAGACCGGUUUAAUAUACAUGCGAUACAAGAAAUGGCGUUUGGAGUACGAAGACUUUCUCGAGGUCCUAAAUAACUUGGCAUCCGAUAACAAUCUGGCUAUAGAUGAAAUGAAGCAAAUAAUGAUCGAUGCUGGCGUCCCGAAUGGUGCUGAUGUAGUUAUAGUCGUCAAGUAGAUUGAAUCAUCACUGCAUUUUAUUUAUAUGCAUACAAAAAGUCGGACAACAAAUUAUUAAUAGUAACAAUUGCAUACAAGAGUAACUUUGAUUAAUUCACAAAAAUUAUAGUAAAAUAUAAAAGCAUCCAAC